CUAGUUUUGAGUUUUUCCUCAGCCGCACUUGCAGAGUUUCGGAGGGGGAGAGGCACCGAGCUAGCUGUCUGCCGCUGUACAGUGCUUUGGCUGAGUGUGAGUGUGUGUGGGUGUGUGUGUCUGUGUGUGUCAUAGUGUUGCUCUCCAGUCAGUGAAGCCAAGUGGACUGAUCAGACAACAUGUGGGCUUCACGUCCAGAAAAAGAGCAGGUGCGCCCGGCUCUUUGGGCUGAUUGUUAGACAUGCUGGGUAAGACUGAGCCAAAUACCAGUAGCCUCAACCUGGUGAACUCUGAAGUUUUUGACACCGCAGCGCCCCCGGACGUACACGACGGUAUCAAGAUGGCUGACCUCGUGGAAAGCUUGGAUCCCAGAGAGCUGGAUAUAGGGGAGGGAGAGGAGAUUGACUACGAUGGAAACUACUUAGGGGACUGUCGUAUCCCGUUCUCAGAGGUGUAUACCACAGUGGGCUUUAAGGAGGCCAAUGCUAAGGUUUACCUCCCCACUGUGCCCAUUACUGUCCGGAUCCUGGAGGUGGAGAGAUUCACCUCUGCUCAGGACCGCUUCAACCUGUCGCACCACAGGAGUGUCAACAAGUCUCUGCCAGCUGUGUUUAAGAUUGAGCUGAAGCAUGGCGAGUUUACCUGGGUGGUAAAGAGGAAGGAGAAACAUUUCAUGGAGCUGCACAGAGAGCUGAGGACAUACAAGACUUUCAUGAGGAUACCACUGCCGUCACGCAGCCACACAGUGAGGAGAAGGACGGUGAAGAAGAGCGAAGUGAGGGAGAUGCCCUCCCUGCCGAGGGGAAGUGGAGACGAGCUGGUGCGUGACGAGCAGGUCUCCAGCAGGAGGAGACAGUUAGAAGACUAUUUGAACAAGCUGCUGAGGAUGGCCAUGUACCGCAAAUAUCACCAUACUAUGGAGUUCAUUGACGUCAGCCAGCUGUCUUUCAUUCACGAUUUGGGACCCAAAGGAAUGGAAGGGAUGAUCUAUAAACGCUCAGGCGGACAUCGUAUCCCUGGCCUGAACUGCUGUGGUCAGAGCCAAGCCUGCUACCGCUGGUCCAAACGCUGGCUGGUGGUGAAAGACUCGUGCUUGCUGUACAUGAAGCCGGACUCAGGGGCCAUCUCCUUCGUCCUGCUGGUGGAUAAAGAGUUCUGCAUCAAGAUGGACUCCAAAGACACAGAGACCAAACAUGGAGUCCGGAUUGAUAGCCUCUCCAGGACCCUGGUGUUUAAGUGCAGCAGCUACAGACACGCCCGCUGGUGGGGUCAGAGCAUCGAGAGCUUCGUGAGGAACCAUGGGAAGGCUUUCCUGCGUGAUCACCGCUUUGGAUCAUUCGCAAAGGAACAGGAAAACAUUCCUGCCAAAUGGUAUGUGAAUGGAAAGACUUACAUGGAGGAUGUGGCCGAUGCUUUGGAGGAGGCCAAAGAGGAAAUCUUUAUCACUGACUGGUGGCUGAGUCCAGAGAUCUUCCUUAAAAGACCUGUGGUGGAGGGUAACAGAUGGAGGCUGGACUGUAUCCUCAAACGCAAAGCACAACAGGGAGUGCGCAUCUUUGUGAUGCUGUAUAAGGAGGUGGAGGUUGCCCUGGGCAUCAACUCAGGCUACAGCAAGAGGACCCUCAUGCACCUGCACCCCAACAUUAAGGUGAUGCGUCAUCCAGACCACGUCUCUUCCUCCGUCUAUCUUUGGGCACAUCACGAGAAGAUCGUCGUCAUUGACCAAUCAGUGGCUUUCGUGGGUGGGAUCGACCUGGCAUAUGGUCGCUGGGACGACAGAGAGCACCGACUCACCGAUGUCGGCAGUGUGACACGCUCUGUGGCCCUGGAGCAGGCUGGCUCCACCAAUAUUCCAUCCAGGAAGGGCGUGUCCUCUGUGGAUGGCGUCUCCCAGAGCAAUGGACGAGGGACAUCGCCAGUUGAUCCGGUGGACUUGCCCAAGCUCAAGGGGAUUGGUCGCAAUAGGAAGUCUCGCUUCAGUCUGUACAGACACCUGCAUAAACACACGCUGCAGCAUGCGGACAGUGUCAGCAGUGUGGACAGUGCGGGGAGUGGUUCUGUGCGAAGCCUAAAGACAGGUGUUGGAGAGUUACAGGGCAACACUCGCUUCUGGCAUGGAAAAGACUACUGCAACUUUGUCUACAGGGACUGGAUCCAGCUGGAGAAACCUUUUGAUGACUUCAUCGACAGAUACACCACUCCCAGAAUGCCUUGGCAUGACAUCGCCUCAGUGGUUCACGGCAGAGCUGCCCGGGAUGUGGCCAGACACUUCAUUCAGCGCUGGAACUUCACUAAGAUCAUGAAGCCAAAGUAUCGCUCUCUGUCUUAUCCAUUCCUACUGCCCAAGUCUCACUCCAGCGCCAGCGAGCUCAGAUACCAAGUCCCUAGCUGCGUCAAUGCCAAAGUGCAGGUGCUGCGGUCGGCAGCAGACUGGUCAGCAGGCAUAAAGUACCACGAGGAGUCCAUCCAUAAUGCCUAUAUCCAGGUCAUUGCCAAGAGCAAACACUACAUCUACAUAGAGAACCAGUUCUUCAUCAGCUGUGCCGACAACAGAACGGUCUACAACAAGAUCGGAGACGCCAUCAUUGAAAGGGUCAUCAGAGCGCACAAGGAGGGUAAGAAGUACCGUGUCUAUGUGGUCACCCCUCUGCUUCCUGGCUUUGAGGGAGAUAUCACCACGGGAGGAGGGAACGCCAUUCAGGCUGUUAUGCACUUCAACUACAGAACCAUGAUCAGAGGAGAGUACUCCAUCAUCUCCCAGCUGAAUAAGGAGAUGGACGACCAGUGGAUGAACUACAUCUCCUUCGCUGGUUUGCGGACGCACGCUGAGCUGGAGGGACGCCUGGUCACAGAGCUCAUCUACGUCCACAGCAAGAUGCUCAUCGUGGAUGACAACACAGUCAUCAUUGGUUCUGCUAACAUCAACGACAGAAGCAUGCUGGGUAAACGCGACAGUGAGGUGGCGGUGGUUGUUGAAGACUCCGAAAAGGUGACUUCUGUGAUGGAUGGACAGGAGUAUGAAGCUGGACCUUUUGCACUCCAGCUACGCCUGGAAUGCUUCAGGACUAUACUCGGAGGUCACACUGACACCAGCAUUGACCUGUCUGACCCUAUAAGUGAUCGUUUCUAUAAGGAGGUGUGGAUGACCACAGCCGGCCGCAAUGCCACCAUUUAUGAGAAGGUAUUCCGCUGCCUCCCCUCGUCUCUGGUUAGGAACAUGUAUGAGCUGGAGCAGUUCCAGUCGAAACCAGGCUUGGCCCAGACCGACCUGGCCCGCGCUCAGGAGGAGCUGCGCAAAAUCCGAGGCUUCUUGGUCCAGUUUCCUCUGGACUUCCUGUCUGAGCAUAACCUCAUGCCUUCUGUUGGAACAAAGGAGGCCAUGGUCCCAACUGAGAUCUGGACAUAAAGGACGUGAAACCACUGCCACCUACUUACACAUCUGAACUGAACUAUUUAAUGAGUAUCUUGAGUGGAUUCUCCGUAAUGUCAUCGUCAUCGAAUGUGUAAUAUUGGAUUUGCAAGAGAUCGCCUUCGAUGAAUAUAAUCUAGAGAUGAAAGGAUAGUUUACAGCUCUCUUCUGGAUUGAUUUGACUGCUGGGCACUGACAAAUCUCUCAAAUCUGUUUUUACUGAAAAACACUUUACAGUGGUUACAGCUUAAAAGGGUAAGCACUAAAAUUUGGGACGUAUGAAGAACAAAAAGACAUUACGCAUGAGGACAACGGUUAUGACUGCAUUGUGACUGGAUUCACAUUGUGGCACAUGAACCUGGGGUUUUUGGAAUCAAACUCAACUCUGGACACAAGGCAGUGACGAUUUCUAAGGGACCAGGUUGAGGCACUAGUAAAGUCUAAGACAACAGUGCUAAUAAAUAUUCAGCUCUCUCAACAUACGCAGAGAUGGUGACGCAUGUGACCCACUGAGUUUGUGUUGUAUGCUCGUAAGGUGCAUUAGUGCUACAUACACUGUAUAUGAGCUCAGAGAGGAGUUUCUGAGCUUGCCUAUGUGCUGCUUUGGACGAGUUUAAAAUCUUGUUUUCUCAGAUGUAUCGUGAAGAUCUUUUCUAAUCCUAAACAUGUGCUUGCUCUUCACUGUGGUCGCACAUGCACAGAGACAAUUUUACUGGUUCAACAGUGGUGCAUGAUUUACUAACUAUGCUCAAAUCUCCUUAACGAGAUUGCCAUGAUGCAUGUGCCAAUCACGGCUCUGAAAAACCCAUCAGAUACAUUAUUCUUACUGUCAAAGGUGUUUUGUGAGAGAUAAUUAUUGACACGCGAGAUACGAACUUUCUAUACUGCUGAAAUCAAAGUGAAUCAAAGUGAACCGUGUUGAGCUGACCCGGGUACUGAAGCUAAUUCGACCCAGUUUGUCAUUCUGUGUUUGAAAGAGAAAAACGGCUGUGCCACUGUGGCCAACAUUAGAGGCUGGAUGAGACAAUCUGCUCACAAAUUCAUGGAAGCAAUUUCUUCUUUGCUCAACAGAUGGUGCUAGCUUCUUAAAAAUACAGUCUAUAUACAGUAAUGGAACAUUUUGAGGUGAGACUUUUACAUCUCCUGCCUGUUUUUAUUAGUCUUAUAGCAAAGGGUUUCUACUAAGUGCAGAAAUACAGUCUUUGAAACAAUGUAAAGAAUGAAAAUAAAAACAAUAUUUUCCAUAUAGCAUGCAGCUGUUGCCAGAUCUUCCAUAUUAAGAUACAGUUUGAAAUUGCUUUUUACAUUUCCACUUUUCUGGCAGUUCCACUUGUAUUUUGUUUUCUUAUGUAUGUGACCUAUGAGGCAAUUGACUAAUAUUGUAUAUGUGAAUGUUUGGCUUCCGUUGACUAAUUUGUUUUUAAUUUUUACCAUCUGUCAGCGUGUCUUGUUUGACCACCAACCCCCUCGAAUGUGAAGUUAAAUAACCACUCCUUUGGAAUCCAGCUGUGCUCAGCUAUGGCGACAAACACAUAAAAUGUAACAGCAAAUAAAUUUGGUUAAAGAUCAUCACUUAGGCUAUGAAACAAUUAAGGCUGACUUUGGAGCUGCUGGAAAGAGGAAUCCUUUAAAUCAGCAACAUAAAUAGCUUCAUUUGGCAGAGAUCUUUUCUCUUCUCAUCAAGGGGCAGCCCCUGUAAAUCACUGGCAUUAUUUAACAGAAGCAAUAAAUGCAUUGUAUGGGUUCUGUCAAUGAAAUAUAGAUUUUAUUUUUUAUUUUUUUUGAUGGGACCAGGAAAAUUAUAAAUGUUAACUGGAGUGAUUGUGUUUUUGGAAACAUUAUGUUCUUUGUUUCUACAAAGACAAAAAUUCAAGCAGUUUUUCUUUUCACUUUUUAUUGAUUUUGACAAUGUUGCCUGCAUUGUUUACCCUCACUAUCUUCGUCAGUGCAUUAUUUAUGGAAUAUGAAUCAUUUAACAUUCUAUGAACAUUUAUCGUUUAAAUAUAGGGCAUGGUUUUAUGGACGGUUGUGGAUUUGCAAUCAAGCCCCUGUUUCUUUAUCAUAACAAUUAUACAGCAGUCUUCUCUGUCAGAUAUCUUUACCCCUUGACCUCAAUUUAGCUGGUGUUGCUACCACUCUGUUUAUGUGCAAUACCUUUUUUGUACAGUUGAAGGUAUUUCUAAUUCCUAUCUAUUCACUUAACACAGUGUAACUCGUAAUUUAAAUGGAUAACAAAUAAAAAUGAUCUUUGGA